CACAUGUUGCACGAUUCAUAGAGAAUGUUGGAAAUUUUAGAUAUGAAGGCAUAAAUGUGGAGACGAUCCAGAUGAGGUUAUUUGUUCACACAUUGACGGAUAAGGCAAGGGAAUGGCUUGAGACUCUACCGCCCAAAAGUAUAAAUAGUUGGUUGGAAUUUAUUCAAAAAUUCACAACCAAAUUCUUUCCACCUGCCCGUAUAGCCAAACUUAAGCAUGACAUAACCACUUUCCAACAAUUCGAAUUUGAGAGCUUUCACGAGGCUUGGGAGAGGUUCAAGGAUAUGCUUCGAAAAUGUCCAAAUCAUGGAAUCACAAUGGAGCAACAAGUGAAUUAUUUUUAUGCUGGGUCGACUCCUUCUUACCGUUCAAAUGUGGAUUCAUCAUCUAAUGGCUCAAUCAAGAAGAAGAGUAUUCGGGAAGCAUAUGAUCUAUUUGAGGUCAUGAGUGAACAAAGUGCUAUGUGGCCGAAUAGAGGUUCACAAAGAGGGGUUGGUAGAGUUUGAGAUGGUGAAGCUUUCUCAAUGGUUCUAGCAAAGAAGGUAGAAGGACUUUCUACAUCUACCUCGAUCUCUCAUUCCACUCAUAUGGUACAAUCUCUGCCUAUUUGUAAUAUUUGUGGAGCAAAUAACCCAAGCCCGAGUUGUCCAUUGAUAGGUAGUGGUUCAGCAUCUACCAAGCAAGUGACAUAUACUCAAAACUUUCAACGCCAAGGGUACAAUCUUUAUUCGUAAACUUAUAACUCCGGUUGGCGAAAUCAUCCGAACUUUUCUUAUGGAAAUAAUCAAAAUGUGCUCAACCCGAGGCCACAAGAGAAAAAAGAAGGUUGGGAAGAGGUCAUUGCUAAGUUGGCAAACUAUCAAUUGCAAUAUCAAGAACGCAAUGAUGCCUAUUUGAAAAACUUGGAAUUUCAAGUGGGUCAAAUUGCCAAACUUAUCUCCGAAAGGCAACAGAGGGCAUUACCUAGCAACACCGAAACAAAUCCAAGGGAGAAUGUACAAACUAUUACCACUAGAAGUGGGGUGAAAUUGCCCGAAAUCACAGUGACAUGCCCUAAGGAUCAAACCGAUAAGGUACCUAUUGAAGAAGAAAGGAUUAUGCAAGAACCUGAUCCAAAGGAUGAGACACUAAUUGAAGAAAAACCGGAGCCAUCAACAUUAAAGGCUUCAAUACCGGUCAAAGCCUAUGUGCCUCCUAUUCCCUUCCCACAAAGGCUUCACAAACAGAAAUUGGAUGCUCAAUUUGGGAAAUUUUUGGAGGUAUUCAAGAAGCUACACAUAAACAUUUCGUUUCCCAAUGCAUUAGCUUAAAUGCCUAGUUAUGCCAAAAUUAUGAAGGACAUUCUUUCAAACAAAAGGAAACUCAAAGAACAUGAAACAGUAAUGCUAACGAAAGAGUGUAGUGCUAUCCUUCAAAAGAAGCUACCACCGAAAAUCAAAGAUCCAGGAGUUUUACUAUUCCAUGCACUAUUGGAGAUUUAAAUUUUAGUAAAGCUUUAUGUGAUCUUGGUGCCAGUAUUAAUUUGAUGCCUUUGUCUAUUUUCAGGAAGCUGGGAUUGGGAGAAGCUAAGGCCACCACUGUAUCAUUACAAUUGGCUGAUCGAUCAAUUAAAUAUCCUCGGGGUAUCAUUGAGGAUAUAUUGGUCAAGGUGGACAAAUUUAUAUUUUCAGCCGAUUUCAUAAUUCUUGACAUGGAAGAGGAUCAUGACAUCCCUAUCAUUUUAGGACGAUCGUUUCUUGCCAUUGGCCAAGCUUUGAUUGAUGUACAAGAGGGACAGCUCAUUAUGAGAGUCGAAGAUGAAAAAGUUACAUUCAAUAUCUUGAAGGCCAUCAAGUAUCCAUCGGAAUCUGAUUCAUGCCUUCGAGUGGAUAUUGUUGAUCAUGUGGUUGUCGAGUCUUUUUACAGGCUUUCUAAGGAUCCUCUAAAAACAUGUCUUGUUUGUCCUUCAGCUAUCAAAGAGGAAGAUUCUAAAGUUGAGCAUAUGGUACACUAUUUGGAAGCUAUACAUUCUCGAUCUUAUAAGAGAACACCAAAUUAUGAGGACUUGGAAAAGAGCUCUUCACCACCACUGCCAUCUCUUCAGCAGGCACCUAUACUUGAUUUGAAGCCUCUUCCAUCUCAUUUGAGGUAUCCUUAUUUGGGAGAGUCAUCUAUGCUUCCGGUUAUCAUUGCUAAUUCCUUAAAUGAAUUGGAGGAAGAGAAGUUACUUCGAGUGUUGAGGGAGCAUAAGGGAGCCAUUGGUUGGACUAUUGCAGACAUUAAGGGAAUUAGUCCUUCACUAUGCAUGCGCAAAAUCCUUAUGGAGGAUGAUUUCAAACCAUCAGUAGAGCAUCAAAGGCAGUUAAACCCUAACAUGAAAGAAGUGGUAAGAGCCGAGAUGGGAAAGUGACUUGAUGCGGGCAUUAUUUAUCCGAUUUCAGAUAGUGCAUGGGUGAGCCCCGUUCAAGUGGUGCCAAAGAAAGGAGGUGUAAUGGUUGUGGAAAAUGAGGAUAAUGAGUUUAUACCUACUAGACUCGUGAUCGGUUAGAGGGUAUGCAUAGAUUACCGUAAGCUUAAGAAGGCUACAAAGAAGGAUAACUUUCCUCUUCCUUUUAUUGAUCAAAAGCUUGAGUGGUUAGCGGGGUAUUCUCAUUAUUAUUUUUUGGAUGGGUAUUCAGGCUAUAAUCAAAUUCAUAUAGCCCCAGAGGAUCAAGAGAAAACUACAUUCACAUGCCCAUAUGGUACAUUUGCAUAUAAAAGGAUGCCAUUUGGCCUUUGUAACGCACCCGCCACUUUCCAAAGGUGUAUGAUUGCUAUAUUCUCCGACAUGGUGGAGAAAUGUAUUGAGGUUUUUAUGGAUGACUUCUCGGUAUUUGGGGCCUAAUUUGACGGAUCUUUGAGCAAUUUAGAGAUGGUGUUGAAAAGAUGUGAGGAGACAAAUUUAGUACUUAAUUGGGAAAAAUGUCAUUUCAUGGUCCAAGAAGGCAUAGUUCUCGGCCAUCGGAUUUCACGUAAAGGGAUAGAGGUUGACAAGGCAAAAAUCCAAGUCAUUGAGAAAUUACCUCCACCUACCUCAGUGAAAGGGAUAAGGAGUUUUUUGGGACAUGCCGGAUUUUAUAGGAGGUUUAUCAAGGACUUCUCGAAGAUCACAAAGCCACUUUGCUCCUUACUUGAGAAGAACACUCAAUUUGAUUUCUCUCAAGAGUGCCUCCAUUCUUUUAAUACUCUUAAAGAGAAACUCAUCACGACUCCUAUUAUUGUAGCUCCGGAUUGAAAUUUAGCAUUUGAGCUUAUGUGCGAUGCAAGCGAUUAUGCCGUUGGAGCAGUUUUGGGACAAAGGAGAAAUAAAAUCUUGUAUGUUAUUUACUAUGCUAGCCGGACUUUGACUGAUGCUCAACUGAACUAUGCCACUAUUGAAAAAGAGAUUCUCGCAGUGGUAUUUGCAUUUGAUAAAUUUUGAUCUUACCACAUUGGAUCGAAAGUGAUUGUUUACACGGACCACUCAGCCCUCAAGUAUUUGCUAGCAAAGAAAGAUGCCAAGCCUCGGUUAAUUAGAUGGAUCCUUCUUCUACAAGAGUUUGACUUGGAAAUUUACGAUAAAAAAGGGACCGAAAAUGUUGUUGCCGAUCAUCUCUCUUGACUUGAGCAAACCAAAGAGAUGGUAGAUGGGGAGAUAAAUGAGGUAUUUCCCGAUUAACAACUCUUGCAAAUUAUGCAUCUUCCACAAGUCACCCAUAUACCAUGGUAUGUGAACCAUGUGAACUUUCUUGCUAGUGGCAUCAUUCCCCCGGAUCUCUCUUACCAACAGAGGAAGAAGUUCUUUGCCGACAUCAAGCAUUAUUUUUGGGACGAUCCUUUGUUGUUCAAACGGGGCCCGGAUCAAAUUAUUCGGAGAUGUAUGUCAAAAGAUGAAAUGGAGCAAAUCCUUGAACAAUGUCAUUCCUCACCCUAUGGUGGUCACUUCAGGGCCGUGAAAACCGCAUCAAAGGUACUUCAAUCCGGUUUUUAUUGGUCCACAUUAUUCAAAGAUACUCACACUCUUGUCUCCAAGUGCGACAAAUGCCAACGCAGUGGUAAUAUUUCCAACCUAAAUGAAAUGCCUUUGAAUUCUAUAUUAGAGGUGGAGAUUUUUGAUGUUUGAGGUAUUGAUUUUAUGGGACCUUUUCCUCCUUCAUUCUCAAAUCAAUACAUAUUGGUAGUGGUUGAUUAUGUGUCAAAGUGGGUAGAAGCGGUGGCUUUGCCCACUAAUGAUGCUCGGGUGGUAGUAAACUUUUUUAAGAAAAAUAUUUUCUCUUGCUAUGCCAACCCCCGAGCUAUCAUUAGUGAUAGAGGUAAACAUUUUUGUAAUCUCCUUUUUGACCCAGUAUUGACCAAAUAUGGAGUAAAGCAUCGUGUAGCCACUCCCUAUCAUCCCCAAACUAGUGGCCAAGUUGAAAUUUCGAAUCGGGAGUUGAAGAGGAUUCUUGAAUUGACAGUGAGUACCUCUAGAAAAGAUUGAUCCAAGAAAUUGGAUGAUGCAUUGUGGGCUUAUCGUACCGCAUUCAAAACGCCUAUUGGUAUGUCUCCCUAUCGUCUUUUGUUUAGGAAAGCUUGCCACCUCUCAGUAGAACUUGAGCAUCGAGCUUAUUGGGCAGUAAAAGAUUUGAAUUUUGAUGUGAAAUUGGCCGGUGAGAAAAGAUUGCUCCAAUUGAAUGAAUUGGAUGAAGUCUACCUUGACUCUUAUGAGAAUGCUCAAAUUUACAAAGAAAAGAUAAAGAAAUGGCAUGAUAAACACAUUAUGAAACACGAGUUCUUUGUUGGGCAACAAGUUCUUCUCUACGAUUCUCGACUCCGAUUGUUUCUCGAAAAGCUCCGCUCGAGAUGGUCUGGUCCUUUUACCAUUGCUAAGAUUUUUCCACAUGGAGCAAUUGAACUUCAUCAUGAGGAAAAGGGGAACUUCAAGGUUAAUGGGCAACGAUUGAAACCAUACUUUGGAGGUGAUUUUUCUAAGGAGAAGUCCUCCAUUCCUCUUGCCAAUUUGGAGUGAACAAGGCCUAUAGUCGAGCUAGGGACUAUAACCAAGCGCUUGUUGGGAGGCAACCCAACUUUCUUAUCCUAACACUUUUGUUUAUGAUACUUGUGAUUAAUACUUUUAUUAUUACAUUUUGAAUUAAUAAAAUUCUUUUGUAGGUCAAAAUUUUUGAAGUCCUAGCCACCAAUAGAUCUCAACAAGUUUGGGGGUAAAUUAGUGUACAAAAGGGUUAAUUGCCCUAGCAAUUCAAGAGCAUUACAAGUCCAAGUCAAACAUUGGGACCUCUUCAAAAAGUCCAACCGGGGAAGUUUCGUUAUCCCCCUCAUCUUUAUCUUGUUCUUUACACAUUGAGGACAAUGUGCGGUUUAAGUUUGGUGGGUGCUUGAAUUGGUGAUAUUGUGUUGAUAUGUUAGAUAGCCUUACCGGCUUUGCAUGGUUUUGACGUUUGAAAUUGUUAUUGAUUCAUGAGUUAUGCAUAUAUGACCAAAUAUGCUAUUUGUGUGUAAUUUUUUCAAAAAAAAAUUGCUUAUCUAUUGUGAGAUUUUGAAUUACUUUGAGCACAAUAGUGAUGAUUAAUUGUUAUCUAGAUGUGGAAAAUUUUUGAUUGAAGGAUAUAUUUUUGAAUUGGUUGAACUAGGUUGUCACUUGUGAGUUGUUUGGAAAUUUUUAUCAAUCUAUAUUAUCUUUUCUUUCACUUUACCACAUUGUGAGAUAAGUUUGGGGGUGGUCGAGCCGGUGAAGGAGAUUAUCUAGAAGUGUGUGAUUCCGUGCAUGUUGAAAAUAUUUGUGUGGAGUGUCUUUUGCCGAGUGUAAACUAGGUAAUGAUCGUAUGCUAGUGAUCUAAGCCCCAUUUUUGUUGUGUUAAAAAAAAUGAAGUUUUUGUACUUGUUUGAAUCUUGGGCCUCACUUUGUAGCCUUUUUGACUCGAGUUAUUAAGUUCGUAGGGGUAUUUUGAAACCCGGUACCCUUUGGCCUAAACAACCAGGGAGUUAUCGACCUAAAACUCGCUACAAGGGUCAAGAAGAAAGUUUAAGGGAGUGAGGUAAAACAUGAGAUUCGGCUUUAAAAAAAAAUUUAUUGUUAUUCAUAUUUGGGCUUAGAUAACUAGUGGGUUUGAAUUGCUUAAUAUAAACUUGAAUGUGGAAGCACUCAUUAGUGGAGAAUCAUCACAUGCCUAGAUGUUGAAAUUGCCGGUUAGACUCAACCAAACUAGAGCGGAAAAAGAAAUGAGUGAUUGAGAUCAACCCUUAGAUUUACACCUCGGGAAGUACAAUAAUAUCUAUUUUAGUAUGAAUCUCACGAGUGGGGAAAGGAAAUAUUUGACCACAAAGGGUCGGGUUGGAGCCAAUUUGAAAAUUUUUCCAUCUUGACAACUUUUUCCUAAUUCAGAUAAUGAUUAAAAGUGACGUUACACACAUACACCGAUCAAACAUUGGAUAAGCUUAAAUUAUUUUUGCUAGCAUUAUUUGGAGCAUAUUUGUGAAUUGAUUAUACAAUUUUACACUCAUUGAUAAUUUUGGCAAGCUAUUUAGUGUGUUGACCAUUAUCACGUUUGCUUAAUUGUGUGGUAGAUAAUCUUGCUCGGGACGAGUAAGAACUUAAGUUUGGGGGUGUGAUAAGUGUGUUUUUGCACACUUAUUAUUGAUUAAAAGAAAUUAAGUAUUAUUUGCUUUUGUAGGCUAAAAAUUACUCAAGUAAAUAGAACAAGGCAAAAGGAGGAAAAAUGAGAAAAAAAAGACUAAAAUUGUACAAAAUUGUGAAGUUGGAGGCCAAGGCAAACAAAUCAAAAAGUGGAAGAAUUGUGAUGAAAUUUAUGGAGAGCAAAAGUGAAAUGAAAGCCAAAGUUCGAGGACCAAAUUGUACAAGAUCAAAAGUUGAGGGACUUGGCUGCAAUUAUUGAGGGACUUGCUGCAGAUUACACAAAAUCGACUUUUGUAGCUGCUGAAACAGAGACCUAGGCGCUGCAGCACCACUGUUCCGGCGCUGCAGCGCCGUUUUGUAAUUAAAAAGAAAACUAGGGACCUUUUUGCUAACUUUCCAAAAGCCCAGGGACCAAAGCUGCAAUUUUCCUUAGGUUUUAAUAUAAAAACCAGCAGCUGGGCAGUUUUUUUGGAGAGCUUCAUUUUUCUGGUUCCGUCUUCUGCUGGUUCUUUCUUUUUAUUUUGUUUUCCUUUUUUUUUUCUUUUCUUAUAGAGCUCAAGGAGUUAGUAAAGGAUUUGACAAAGCAUUGGGGAAAAUCAUAGCCAAUCUACAAAAAAGGGUUUUAUCUAUAUCUUUGUAUUUUAUCCAUUAUUUAGCCAUAUUUGUAAUAAAUUGGAUGAAUAUUCUCCUUGAU